AUGGGCGAGGAGCUGUGCAAUAUCUGUAACGACAAGUCGACCGGCAAACACUACGGAGCAGUGAGCUGCGAUGGGUGCAAAGGGUUUUUUCGACGGAGUAUUCGCAAACGAUAUCACUACGUGUGUCGGUUUGAGAAGAUGUGCGACGUAACAAGAAAUAAAAGGAAUGCGUGUAGAUCGUGUCGACUUCAGAAGUGUAUAAAAGCAGGAAUGAAAUCUAAUGCGAUUCAAAAUGAGCGAGAUGCGAUUGGAAAACGGAAAAAGCCGGCACCCGAGAAGGAAGAUCUGAUUGAUCAGCUCGUCGCCGCCGAAACCCUGUGCCAGCAGCUCCGAUCCAGUGUGAUAAAGAGAACACAACAAGUAUCAUAUGAUUGCGGCAAAGUCAAAUGGACAUCGGAAGACGAUCGCAGAGCGACACUUGACGACAUUGGAAAAAGCAUUCACCAGCAGUUGGUGUUGCUUGUAGAAUGGGCGAAAUCUCUCCCGCAAUUUGCAUUUUUAACAAUUUCAGAUCAAGCUGCCCUUCUUAAAGGCACAGCAGCUUCGAUCAUUGUCUUGGGAGUCGCAUAUCGAUCAAUAUGUCUUACGGUAGGAGACUCGAUAUGUCUCGCAAACGACACACUUCUUCCCAAGGACCAUGCGACGCAAGUCGGUGAUAUAAAUUGCGUGGUUAGUCGAAUAAUCGACGAAAUCGUCAAACCGAUGAGACGAUUGAACAUGGAUUUAUUGGAAUAUGUUGCUAUCAAAGCAAUACUUUUCUUCAAUCCAGUUGUUCGAGAAAUCAGUAAUCCGGGGCCAAUUGAGACAGCGAGAUUUGCAUGUCUGAAAGCGCUGGAAAAAAGAUGCGCACAGAUGGCAAUGGCGCAAGAAGUUGAGAGUGAGGAAAUGGAAUGUCGAAGUGGAAAACUGCUCCUUCUGUUGCCCUCACUUCAAGCAGUGGCACAGCAACUCGUGGAAGAUGUUCAACUUGCGCGCCUUUUUGGUUUGGUCAAUGUCGAUUCGCUGAUGUCGGAGCUGAUUCUCAAUGAUCAACGCGCUGCCGACCCGCUCGUCCUUCAAUCGAGUCUCGCUUCUCCUGUGGAGUCAAUCAAGACCGAAUUGGAAGAAUAA